AUGCCACAGCGCUGUGCCCGCUGUAUUAUUUACCUUGGAGGACUGUGCACUGCCAUUCUGCACGCUGCAGCGCACGUCUUCCACCCCCUGGCACGCGCCGACCAUCCCAUCCAAUCUGCUCCGGCUUGCACCACCUACAAGACGCGCUACACAACCCAUUUCCCACCCACGCCAGAACCAAACAAACCCCCCCAUCGUGGCGUCAACCGGCCGCCCUGCCUAGUACAUACAUACGUCAAGGCAAAAUUGUAA